AACAAAUUGAAAGUAGGGAAAAAACACGGCGUAGUUUCGGUAGGACAGUAAAUAUUUGUGAAUUAGAGGAUGUCAGGGCACGGUCAUAGUCAUGGCAGCGGAGGAUGUGGCGGAAAUCACAACUGUGAUGAUCACUUGACAGAAGAACAACUGGCUGACGCAUAUAGCCUCUAUACUAAAAUAAACAUGGAAGCAGUCCAGUGUCUGAAUACAGAAAGUUCACCAAAGGCUGUCUUCAAACCUUGGGACCAGAGACUCGACAAAGAGAGGUUUGUAGAAAGUGAUGCUGAUCCAGAAUUGCUGUUCAAAAUACCAUUUACAGGAAAUGUGAAAUUGAAAGGCAUCAUAGUUAUUGGAGAACAAGGGGAAAACCAUCCAAACAAAAUGAGACUGUUCAAAAAUGUCCCAGAAAUGACCUUUGAUGAGGUAGGUCGUAAAGCGGACCAAGAAUUUGAGUUGACCCCUGAUCCACAAGGCACUCUACAGUACGGCGUCAUACCUGCCAGGUUCAAUAGUGUGAGUACACUUACCAUCCAUUUUCCGUCCAGUUUUGGAGGCGACUUAACAAAGAUAUACUACAUUGGACUAAAAGGGGACUUUGAAGAGGCCCGUCGCCAGGAGGUUGUUAUAACAACAUAUGAAGCUAGACCAAUGCCAGAGGAUCAUAAAACAGAUGACUUUGAACACUUUCAUCACCCGAUCAGUUAAUCUUCAUUCCUCCUCAUCUGACCUGUGUGCCAUUGUUAUAGUUGUAUCAUCUCCACAGAUACAUAGUGAUUUCUACACUUUUUUUAUUUUUUUUUUACUUCUUGUGAUAGUAGAAAGAAUGGACAAGGUGAUGCAAUGAUGUCUCAGGACACAUUUACAUGUAUCAGUCAGAGUUAUCAAUAAAGUAUUUCAUUUCUUUCA